AUGUUACUGCUGCUGCUGCCUCGCCUACCCAUCUCUGACAACACACAGUUCGUCCUCGGUGUUACGGCUUGUCUUGUGGUCGUGGUAGCCAUUACUCAGGCUUAUCGCCCUAGAUCAAAGAAUGGCUUUCAUCUCCCACCUUCUCCUCCUAAUCGGAGACUUAUGGGACACUCCCUUCCCCCUCGCAAUCCAUUUCUUACUGUAGCAGAAUGGAUUGAUGAAUACGGUCCUUUAAUUACUAUUCGCGCAGCAACUGAGAAAGUCGUUAUUAUUGGUCGCUACAAAGCAGUGGUAGACAUUAUGGAGAAGCAGGGCGGAAUGCUGGCUGAUCGCCCUCCCAUGAAUGCUGGACAAAUGCUUACCGGUGGAUUGUUCAUUAGUCUUGCGGGCAUUGGGGAUAGGUUCCGUCGGAUGCGUAGCCGUUCAUACGCAUCUCCAACUAAAGCAGCCGAGGCGUAUCAGCCUCUGCAGAUGUCAUUUGCGAAGAACACGGUUCUUAACAUUCUUGAUGAUCCAUCCAACUUCCAUAACCACGUGUUAAGUUAUGCUGUGAUGACGAUUUUGAAAGUGGCAUAUGGAAAGAAUACACCGACGUCAGCGACUGACCCCGAAGUCAGAGAGAUCCGUCAGUUUAUGAAUGUAUUUACGACAAUCGUACGCCCUGGCACUUAUUGGGUGGACACGAUACCCUGGCUCAGAUACCUUCCUUGGUACGGCAGAGAAUUAAAAAGAGGGUUUGAGAAUUCCCAGAAAGUCUACUCUAGUCAUAUGAACCGCUUGAAACAAGAAUUGCAGAGUAAUGUGGACGUCGGUCAUUCGUUCGGGAGAUAUGUGCUAGAAAAUGAACAUCUCCUUGGUUUGUCAGAGCUGGAGGCGCAUUUUCUUCCUGCCAACAUUUUUGCGGCUGGCCUCGACACAAGUCAGACUGUUGCGACAAUAUGCACAGUGCUAAUGGCAGCUGCAUGUUUUCCCGAGGAGCAAGCUAAAGUCCAGGCUGAGCUUGAUGAGGUUGUAGGAAGGUACCGUGCACCGACCUUCGCUGACCGACAAUCCCUUCCUCUCCUGCACGCCUUCAUAUCCGAGGCUUUCAGAUGGAGACCAGUGACUCCCAAUGGGUUUCCUCACCGAACAACUGAAGACGUGAUUUGGGAAAACUAUUGCAUUCCCGCCGGAACUACGGUACUCGGUAGCAAUUGGGCCAUCUCGCGAGAUUCAGAAGUUUACCCUGACCCUGACGUGUUCAAGCCUCAGCGUUGGAUCAAUGAUCAAGGUGGUUUGAGAGACGAUCUCACAUUUUUUAUCUAUGGGUUUGGUCGGCGCGUAUGCCCCAGUAUACAUCUUGCGAACAGAUCGGUGUGGAUCAACUCGGCCCUUCUGUUUUGGGCCUUCCAGCUCACUCUAGAUCCUACGAAGCCGCUGAAUGACAUGGGCUUCAUGGUGACGCCACAUAUCCCUUGCCAUAUUGUGUUCACACCGAGGAUUCUAGAUGCAGAGAUCAGGGGCAUCAUGGAUAUUUAUCCUGAGGUCAACUCAGAUCGAGCAGUCGCUAUGUCUGUGUGA